CUCCGCAUCACCAACACUUCUAUACAGCUUCCAGAAUAUUUCUCUGCCUCAAACAUUAUUCUCAUCCAAGCGGACCGUAUUACUAGAGCAAGGGCAAUGGCGGAAACAUAUCCCAUCGGUACGCGCAAAGAAUGCGAACGUCUAGUCAAGGACUGGGGCUUCAAGCACGUCUUUACUUGGGCGGACGGAAGCAACGCUCAUUAUCCACCACACUCACAUGGCGGUGUCACAACACAUCUAAUCCGCCAAGGGAGCUUGACAAUCACUUACCCGGAUGAUAACGCCAAGUUGCAUAAUGGGGAAGUGAAAAAAGAGACGUUCGGUGUUGGUGCACGACUGGAUGUUCCGGCAGGCAAGUUGCAUGAGGUGUGGAUUGGAGACAGUGGAUGCGAGUACGUUAUUGGGGAAUAGGCAUGAGGCUUGUCCCUUACGGUUCAUGAUCACUUGAGCGAUGUAUUGUAUUAUGAAUUUGCUCUAUCGUCUAAUCUAUAGACUUCAGGGUAUCCCGCGGGGCGUCCACCAUUUUUCCAUGUAUGCAGUUUGUCAUCUAAUUUUUCAGUUAUAUAAUAUAAUCAAUCAUUAAUCGUG